AUGUCAGGCAACUUUCAAGAUUGGACACCGGUGACGUUGCAGAAAACUAGCCCUGGGGGUAGACGUGUCGCGAAGGAGCAGGAAAUAAACAAGGCCCGCAGGGCUGGAGAUGCUGUCGAGACAGAGAAGAAAUUUUUGGGGGGACAAAAUAGAACGACGAAGGCAAACUUAAUCCCGAAUGCCAAAAAGGUGGAAGAAGACACGGGUGACUACCAUAUUGACCGCGUCUCCACGGACUUCUCUCGAGCGUUGGCGGAAGCCCGGAGGAACAAAGGCAUGACGCAGGCCCAGCUGGCACAGGCAAUUAACGAGAAGCCUUCAGUCGUCAGCGAGUACGAAAGUGGAAAGGCCAUUCCUAAUGGGGUGAUUUUACAAAAGAUGAGUCGUGCCCUAGGCGUCCAGCUUCCAAAGUGCAAACAGAAGAAAAGAGUGGCUGACGAAUGA